AUGGUGCGGGGCGGAGCCUCGGGCCGUUCGGGUCUGUGGGAGACAUCCGCUUCCGGGGCCGCGGCCGUCUCAUUGCCCGGCUCUGCGGGCCCGCGGUCCUGCACUUGGAACCCGACCCCGGCGCCUACGAUCCCUGAGUCGCGCCUGCCUUCGCUCUGCCGCCAGCUUUCUCAGUCAGUCAUGCUGGAGCAUCUGAGCUCGCUGCCCACGCAAAUGGAUUACAAGGGGCAGAAGCUAGCUGAACAGAUGUUUCAGGGAAUUAUUCUUUUUUCUGCAAUAGUUGGAUUUAUCUACGGGUACGUGGCUGAACAGUUCGGGUGGACUGUGUACAUAGUUAUGGCCGGAUUUGCUUUUUCGUGUUUGUUGACACUUCCUCCAUGGCCCAUUUAUCGCCGGCAUCCCCUCAAGUGGUUACCUGUUCAAGAUUCAGGCUCCGAAGACAAGAAACCAGGGGAAAGAAAAGUUAAGAGGCAUGCUAAAAAUAAUUAGGGUUUUCAUGAUUCAGCUUUACUGUUGCACCUGCUUUCGUUUUGUAUGAGAUGAGCUAAAUUGUUUUCGUAUCCAAAACAUGAGUUGAAACCCAUCGCUGCUCCUCCAGCACAGCUGUGUAUAGAUUUUGUUGUCUUUAUAUUUCAUUUCUAACUCCGUUGGCUUUUGACUUAUAAUUAUUUUAGGGCUUCUCUUCAUAAUCUUUAUCUGAAAUGAGAGCAGAAAACACAAGUAUGCAAAGUUUCUUUCAGGUCUACAAAAAUAAUGAAUAAAUGCCUCAUAAAAGUACA